AUUCAUUCACCGGUUCGAACACCGGUCGGGUUUAGAGAGGCAAUCCGCCGCCGCCGCCUGCGCCGAUCCCCAUCCGCCCCGCGAGCGAGCAGAGGCGGCGCUGCCGCUCGUCCUGCUGCUUCCGCCGCAUCCACAUCCUUCGCCGCCGCCGCCGCCGCCUGCGCCGAUCCCCCCAUCCAUCCCGCGAGCGAGCAUCCUGCUGCUUCCGCCGCAUCCUGAAAUUUGGCUUAACCUUGAUGUUUGUUUGUUCCCAAAAAGUUUGGGGGUGUUGAACUGAACCCCCCAUGCCCCAUGUUAGAUCCGCCCAUGAAUGGAUCAUGAUUCACUCCAAAACACUAUGGAGCAUCCUGUUCCUGGAGAGGAGCAUGAGGAGGAUAACAGCAUGAAAGUGGAUGUGGCAUUUGAUGGAGUGCACAGCCCGUUCCGGUACAGGCACAAGAAAAGGUCCAAGGUUUGGGAGGAGUACAAGCCCAUCUUUCUGAAUGGGAAGGUUCAGUUUGCGGAGUGUCUCUACUGCCAUAAUCGCCUCAGCUGCAAAGAUUCCAACGGCACAAGCCAUCUAUGGCGGCAUCAGAAAAUCUGCCCUGGCAAGGAGGAAGCGGCGCAGAGGCGACAGAAGGAUUCCUACUUCCCAUGCGUUUUGGUGAAUGAGAACGAUCCAGUUUCACCCCACGAUCCGGUCAAUGAUGUUAUUACAGAGACGCUUAGUGAUAUAAACUCGGUAACACCCAGCGGUAACAGAUUCACGUCAAAGGUGUGGAAGGAGUUUACACCUGUCUAUAUUGAGGGGAAACUCCAGGCUGCAGAUUGCAUUCACUGCCAGAAGCGCCUCAGUGCGAAUAAGUUCGGGGGGAGAAGCCAUCUGAGUCGACAUCUUAUAACCUGUGCAGGACGACGUGGACGUGGAGGGGGCCAAAUUCAUCAGAAGGGUUUAUUUUAUCCUUCUAGCGUGCCUAGUUUGAAGUCCAGGGUGCAAGAUGAGCUCUCACCUGCCUUGACAAAUGGGAAGGUUCAGAUCGCAGAAUACUCUAGCAAGCUUCUGAGGGCAAGUAGCUCUGGUGACUCGACCCCUAAGCCCAUUCGAGUGGUACCAGCAGAGCAUUCCGUGCCGACUCCAGAUUAUACAAGCCUGAUGAAACAGAGGACCUCAUUUGUGACCACUCCAGCUGGUCAGGAAACAUCUGAUCCAGACCUAGUCGGGAUGAUAGCUUUGCAUGGUUAUCCUUUGUCAAUUGUGGAGCACGAAGAAAUGAUGAGAUUUGUAAAGAAACUCAACCCUGUGGUCAAUUUAGUCUCUCGCAAUGCUAUGGAAGAACAUUGCUUGACACUAUUUCAGAAGGAAAAGGAAAAUAUAAAGGGUAAAAUUGCACAUUUUUCCCGACGUGUCUCUCUGUCAGCAAGCAUCUGGACUCCUGAUGGACCUGAGACAACAGUAAAUUACCUCUGUUUGACAGCACAUUAUAUUGAUGAAGACUGGAAAGUUCAUAGGAUAAUAAUAAAAUUUGGAAUGUUUUGGUCCGCGCCUGCUGAUUUGGAAAGGAUGAUACAUUGUAUGGAAGCCUGUGUCCCAGAGUCUGAGAGCGGAUCAUAUAAUGUCAUAUUGGAUGCCAUUAGAGAUUGGAAUCUUGAUCAGAAGCUUUUAAGCUUGACUUCUGUUGGUGAAGUUAGGGGUGACACCAAUACUUCAUUGCUAAAGGAAAUGCUUAUAGAGAAGAAGUGCCUUCCUAUUGGAGGGACGCUAUUCAAUGUUGCCUGUGUGGACUAUGUCCUUAACAGUAUUGUUUUCAAAGUGCAAGCAGAUAUACUUCGUCUUGUUGGUGACAUAGUAAUGGAUUUUUUAGUGUCAUUGACCCAGCAGCAGCUUCUGGAAGUUAUUUCACAGACGGGUCUAAAGUGUCCACAAGAAGAUGCUAAGUGGUGGCACAAACUUUAUUUUAGACUUGAAGUGCUUUUGCAUUUCAAGAAGUCAUUUCCUUCUGAAGAAAGGGUGUCCCCAGAAGAUACAAAAACUGCUGAGUCCGUUUGCAAGAUUUUGAGGACAAUUUAUCGUGUCAUUGAAGUUAUUUCCAGCCCUAGCUCUCCGACAGCAAAUAUAUAUUUUAACGAGAUAUGGAAAGUCAGGACAGUUUUGCAAGAAGAAGCAUUAAAUGAUCACAGAGAAAUAGCUACAGUGGCUAUGGUGAUGCAGGAAGCAUUCAAUGAGUAUUGGCAAAAUUCAUAUUUGUGGUUGGCCAUACCUGUUGUGCUAGACCCUAGAUUCAAAUUCAGUUUCAUUGAGUUUCGUCUGAAACGAGCUUUUGGAACAGAUUCGGCAAGCUACCUAUCUGUAAUACGUGAAACAGUCCGGGAACUCUUCAAUGAAUACUGCCAUUCUUUGAAUCAGGCAAGUGAUGUUGUUUCAAACAGUGAAGCUUUGUGUGCAGAUGAUAAUGAUUCGUUGGAAGAUUGGGAUCAGCAUCUCCAUGAACAAGCAAGUCGUCAGCUAUCUUCGGAGCUUGAUGAUUACCUUGAAGAUGGUUUAGUUCCUAGAAAGGAUGAUUUUGAUAUUUUAAACUGGUGGAUGACUCAUAGUACUAAGUACCCAACACUUGCAACUAUUGCACGGGACAUCUUAGCCAUGCCAGCAUCUGCUGUUCAAUCUGAAGCAGCAUUCAGUAGCAGUGGACCAGUAAUUCCAAAGCACCAGAGUACAUUAAACAUCAGAACAAUCGAGGCACUUGUUUGUACUCGAGAUUGGAUGAGAUAAAACUGUUCUGGUAUAUCCUCAUCCAAUCUAUUCAUGUGCAAUUGCUUGAAAAAUGGUAUGCUGCAGUGAACUGUUGAGAUGGGUUGCAUGCAGCUUUCGCCGGUGGAAGAUUUCAGGCAGUGUAUGAUGGUGCUUCUGACCAAGGAUAACCGCUCUGAUGAUCGAGCCCCAACAUGGUGUAUCAAGCAUUUGGGAGCUGUUAAACUUCAUUUCAGUCGAGAUGUGUAUGCAUAUAAAUGUUACUCCCAUCACCCCAUGCAUUUGCCUGGUGUAGUGCAGAUGUAUGCCGUUGUUUAGCCAAAGUUCAGGUCAGCCCAGAGCCUUAGGUCAAGUAGGAACUAGGAGUUGUACGACGAGAAUGUUGCAAAUAUCCUCUGUUAUGAGCAAUUAAUCUGUGUUAUGUGCAGCCUUGUUUA